GUGGAAUCAAGAGUCUCUAUGAGUCUGAACUUGCUGAUGCUCGAAGAGUUCUGGAUGAAACCGCCAAAGAGAGGGCUAGAUUACAGAUUGAAAUAGGAAAACUGAGGGCGGAACUGGAGGAGUUCAAUAAAAGCUACAAGAAGAAAGAUGCAGAUUUGUCUGUGGCUCAGGGUCGCAUUAAGGAUCUUGAAGUGCUGUUCCACAGAAGUGAAGCAGAACUCAAUACUGUCCUCAAUGAGAAACGCAGUCUGGAAGCGGAGGUGGCUGAUCUGCGUGCCCAGCUUGCUAAGGCUGAAGAUGGUCAUGCUGUGGCAAAGAAGCAGUUGGAGAAGGAGACACUCAUGCGUGUGGACCUGGAGAAUCGGUGCCAGAGCUUGCAAGAGGAUCUGGAUUUUAGGAAGAAUGUGUUUGAGGAGGAAAUAAGGGAAACAAGAAAACGACAUGAACAUCGUUUGGUCGAGGUGGACACUAGUCGCCAACAGGAGUAUGAAUCCAAAAUGACUCAGGCCCUGGAGGAUCUGCGAAAUCAACAUGAUGAACAAGUCAAACUGUACAAAAUGGAGCUUGAGCAGACCUAUCAGGCUAAGCUGGAGAAUGCCAAACUGUCCUCUGACCAAAAUGACAAAGCUGCUGGUGCAGCUCGAGAGGAGUUGAAGGAGGCUCACAUGAGAAUAGAAGCUCUCAGCUACCAGCUUUCUGGCCUUCAGAAACAGGCUAGUGCAGCAGAAGACCGCAUUCGUGAAUUGGAGGAAAUGAUGGCUGGUGAGCGGGAAAAGUUUAGGAAGAUGCUAGAUGCAAAGGAGAGGGAAAUGACAGAUAUGAGGGACCAGAUGCAGCAGCAGCUUACGGAGUACCAGGAACUGCUUGAUGUUAAAUUAGCACUGGACAUGGAGAUCAGUGCUUACCGAAAACUCCUGGAAGGAGAAGAGGAAAGGUUGAAGCUCUCUCCAAGUCCCUCCUCCCGUGUUACAGUCUCUCGGGCUACCUCCAGCAGCAGCAGUAGCAGUACUCCACUUGUUCGCUCUUCCCGAGGCAAGAGAAAACGUAUUGAAGCAGAGGAGCUUUCAGGCAGUGGAACAAGUGGAAUUGGCACUGGAAGUAUUAGCGGCAGCAGCAGUAGCAGUAGCUUCCAAAUGUCCCAGCAAGCUUCAGCUACAGGAAGUAUCAGCAUAGAAGAGAUAGACCUGGAGGGCAAAUACGUUCAGCUGAAGAACAACUCGGAGAAGGAUCAGUCUUUGGGUAACUGGAGACUGAAAAGACAAAUUGGAGAUGGAGAAGAAAUUGCUUACAAAUUUACUCCUAAGUAUGUCCUCAGAGCUGGGCAGACUGUAACAAUUUGGGGUGCAGAUGCAGGCAUAUCUCAUAGCCCCCCUUCUGUUCUCGUGUGGAAGAAUCAAGGCAGCUGGGGCACCGGAGGAAACAUCCGCACAUACCUUGUAAACUCUGAAGGAGAGGAAGUUGCAGUGAGAAGUGUUACUAAAUCAGUAGUGGUGCGAGAGAAUGAAGAGGAAGAGGAUGAAGCAGAGUUUGGAGAGGAAGACCUUUUCAACCAACAGGGGGAUCCCAGAACAACCUCUAGAGGAUGCUCAGUGAUGUGAAGAAAGAAAAAAGAAACUAUUGUUUGCUAUUUUUUUCAUUUAUUUCCUUUUAAUUUUGCUAUUUUUUUCCCUCCAGAGCCACUGAAAACUAUUUUUAUAUGCAUCUUCUGAUUUCUUUGAAGUUUACUCCUUGGUACAUUUUUAUAAAAAAAAAUCAAAAAAAAACUUUACUGAACAAAACUGCCAGAAUUUUUAAUAGAUUUCUUUAUUUUUCCCUCUUUGUUGAAACACUAUAUUGGAAUACAACAUUUUUCCCCAUACAGAGUUUAAAGUCUUAUGUACAAACCUGCAGCAGAAAAGAAAUUUUUAGCUAAAAUGGGAUGAGACUCCUUGAGUGUACGGUAAAACUAUAAUUACAUAUAUAACCAGGAUAACUAAAAAAAA